AUGUUUGAAAACCACUUAUUUAUGUGCUCACUUCUCGUCUGGGCGAGCGUUAUUUUUGGUAUUCCUGUGACAAUUAUUACCCAGCCUCCACCCAAAGCAACUGUUGCUGCUCGACAGGCCAUGUAAUUAUUCUUCGAUAUCGUUGAAUUUGAACAAUACGACUAACAAAUAUCAUUAUAGAACCUCUUUCGACACGGAAAUAAUAACUGCCACAGUCGACCAUGGGAAUUAACUUGCCAAUACUGGCGAUCUCGGUACCGAUGAGCUCAUCGAACUUUCAGAUCCCCUCGUUCAAUCACUAAUAAAGUUGUUCAACGAUACUUCAAUCUGUCCCGCAGCUGUCUCACAACCUCUGCAAAGGAGAUCUUACGAAAAGGGCAUCUAUAAGCGUGUUGAGCCGUUAGUUCUUCAAGAUCUGAGACCAGAUAACUGUACCAACCCGUUUUUGCGCCGAAUCAUUGAUGGUGCGAUCCCUGGCGGAGAAUUUGAAGCAUGGAUUCCACAUGGAGAUGGGGACGGACUGAGAGAUUUGGCAGCAGGUGGAGAGGUUGACCUGCUUGUCUUGGAUGCGAAUCUUGCCCUUUCCCAAGAGAUUCGAGCCAGAUACGUAUGUAUACACCAAAAAUAUUGCCCUUGUCAUGCUCCAAAAGCGAUCUCAAGUUAGAGUUGAACGCCCUUUCUCCUUCCUUUGAGGCUUAUGCCCAGCCGAGAGGAGAUCAGCUCGAAACGGGCAUACACACAGGCCGAUGACAAUUCUUCUAGUCCUGAUAGUCCAUUCACAAUCUCACGCUAACAUCCAUUUCAAAUAGUUACGAGAAGCUAGGAGAGGGCAAGCCCUCAGCUCACUGUCAGUACUCGUUGUAUUAAUUUUCCAGCGAUUACUUCUCGAUAUAAUCAAUGAGGUCGCCCUCAAAACCGCGCAUAAAAUCGUAAUUCCAGCAGCAAACUUUGUUAGCAACGCACUUAAAACCAAAACAUGCGAAGAAGGAGAAGAUGCGGUAUGUGUCAAUCUAGAAGUCAAGAAAACAAAUCUAACACAAAAAUAAGCCAGCUUGCAUUGAUUAUGGAUGUAAUGGUGUAGACGGCAAAUGUACUGGACUCGGCAAACGUGGAUGUGUAUGUCAUGAUAUCAUGUAUGUCAUUCCUGGUUAUCCAUAUGACGAGAGCCUAUUGGACAAACAACAAAAAGUACUCGAGAUGAUCAGCCAAAGCUCCUUGAAAGACUUGGUAAAGGACAGUGCACCCAUUUGUAAUGGGAUUGCCACGCAAAAUUGGAUUCAGCGCGAUAUCGGAUCGAUGUCCAUCGAAAGCUACUGCAGCUCACAAGGUAGUAGCGUACCAGCCGGCGAAAAAAGAGAAGCAACAUAUAAUUCUGGUGUUGAUCAAUUAUUUAUAAGUACACAUUAUCUUACAGAAGCCGCUGUAUCACCAGGAUUAUGCAAACUACUACUCUACAAAGUGCUUGAUGACUGUGAUAGCGGCAACCCCGACAACCCGGGAAACUGGAAGCAUGGCGGCUCGAUUGAUUAUCAGAAAGUGGCCACUGUAUUUUUCAUUCCACAAGGGAGUCCACAGCCCUAUUGCAACCCUUAUGGAAGUCCGCCGGGCUCAGCUCCAUGGGUUGAUAUUGGUGUCGGUGUAGAUGCGGUCAAUCAAUUUUGUGGUUAUUUCAGUCUCGUUGGAAAAAAGGGAAAACGGGAAAACGGAAUGCUUUCACUUAUAACAAAGGGUCAAAUGCUGAGAUAA